AUGCAGACACGGAGGGGUGAGUUUGAGUUUUUUUCACGCAUUAAUUUAUAUUUGUGUGUAUGACGUGUGCUAAUAUUGCAGUGCAUGUUUCUAAAUUUGAGAGUAAUGCAUGUGUUCUGACUUUAUUUGGGUGCUGUUGUAUGUGUUACUGUUGGUAUAUCAGGGCAUAUCUAUUGAAUUCACCUUCAAUACUGUAUGUGCUCAUACAUUGUCUUUUAUGUUGAAACUCACAACUCACUAACAUUCAUUAUUAUCUCUUUUUGUUCUGCCUAUGAGCACAGGGCUGUUUGUGAUGGCAGUGUCUCAGUGGAUGUUCUGUGCUGCAGUGCUGCUCCUCCUCAUCCAGGGGCUCCAGUGUUCUCCGACUCCCCCUACCUGUCCUGAGCCCUGCCUUUGUCAGAGAGGUCCUCUGUUAAACUGUUCCUCCGCUGGCCUUUCCCAGGCCCCACAACACAUCCUAUUCACCGUAACUGAUCUAGACCUAUCUCACAACCUGCUGAACUCCCUUACCCCCUCGUGGCCAAUUUGGGGGCUUAAGAAUCUACGGCUUGGACACAACAGCAUCACUCACCUGUCUCUGUGUGUGGGGAGGACCUGGAGGGGUAAACAUGGGAUAAUCUCCCUCUCACACAACAGAGGGAGAUGUGUGUCCUGGGCCCCGGCCCUGCAGCUGCUGUCUGCUGAGAGGAAUCAGCUAGAGAUGAUCCCUGAGGGUGAGUCACACACACACUCCAACACAUGAGGAAUUGCUUCGCUGUACUAUAAAUGUAGUUACACUAAUCACAGGUUGCUUUGCCUACCACACAUACAGGUAACUGCCAAAAUAAAGGAAACACUUGAGAUACAAAGUAUAUUGAAAGCAGGUGCUUCCGCACAAGCGUUGUUCCUGAGUUAAUUAAGCAAUUAACAUCCCAUCAUGCUUAGGGUGAUGUAUAAAAAUGCCCAGUUACCCAUUAUUUUGCCUACCAUGCAUGGCUAGAAGAUCUCUGUGUCUGCUCAGUCACCAGAUCUCAACCCAAUUGAACACACCUGAGAAAGCGUUUUCCACCACCAUUAACAAAACACCAAAUUAUGGAAUUUCUUGUGGAAGAAUGGUGUCGCAUCCCUCCAAUAGAGUUCCAGACACUUGUAGAAUCUAUGCCAAGGCGCAUUGAAGCUGUUUUGGCUCGUAGUGGCCCAACGCCCUAUUAAGACUUUAUGUUGGUGUUUCCUUUAUUUUGGUAGUUACCUGUACAUAUAGUGCAAUCGGAAAGUAUUCAGACCCAGUGACUUUUUCCACAUUUUGUUACGUUACAGCCUUAUUCUAAAAUGGAUUAAAUAAAUAAAAAUCCUCAUCAAUCUACACACAAUACCCCAUAAUGACAAAGCGAAAACAGGUUGUUUGACAUUUUUGCACAUGUAUUAAAAAUAAAAAACAGAAAUACCUUAUUUAUAUAAGUAUUCAGACCCUUUGCUAUGAGACUCGAAAUUGAGCUCAGGUGCAUCCUGUUUCCAUUGAUCAUCCUUGAGAUGUUUCUACAACUUGAUUGGAGUCCACCUGUGGUAAAUUAAAUUGAUUAGACAUGAUUUGGAAAGGCACACACCUGUCUAUAUAAGGUCCCACAGUUGACAGUGCAUGUCAGAGCAAAAACCAAGCCAUGAGGUCGAAGGAAUUGUCCGUAGAGCUCCGAGAAAGGAUUGUUUCAAGGCACAGAUCUGGGGAAGGGUACCAAAACAUUUCUGCAGCAUCGAAGGUCCACAAGAACACAGUGGCCUCCAUCAUUCUUAAAUGGAAUACGUUUGGAACCACCAAGACUCUUCCUAGAGCUGGCCGCCCGAUCAAACUGAGCAAUCGGGGGAGAAGGGCCUUGGUGAGGGAGGUGACCAAGAACCCGAUGGUCACUCUGACUGAGCUCCAGAGUUCCUCUGUGGAGAUGGGAGAACCUUCCAGAAGGACAACCAUCUCUGCAGCACUUCACCAAUCAGGCCUUUAUGGUAGAGUGGCCAGAUGGAAGCCACUCCUCAGUAAAAGGCACACAACGCUUGGAGUUUGCCAAAAGGCACCAUAAGGACUCUCAGACCAUGAGAAACAACAUUCUCUGGUCUGAUGAAACCAAGAUUGAACUCUUUGGUCUGAAUGCCAAGCGUCACUUCUGGAGGAAACCUGACACCAUCCCUACGGUGAAGCAUGGUUGUGGCAGCAUCAUGCUGUGGGGAUGUUUUUCAGUGGCAGGGACUAGUAAACUAGUCAGGAUCGAGGGAAAGAUGAACGGAGCAAAGUACAGAGAGAUCCUUGAUGAAAACCUGCUCCAGAGCGCUCAGGACCUCAGACUGGGGCGAAUGUUCAACUUCCAACAGGACAAAAACCUUAAGCACACAGCCAAGACGCUGCAGAAGGGGCUUUGGGACAAGUCUCUGAAUGUCCUUGAGUGGCCCAGGCAGAUCCCAGACUUGUACCCGAUCAAACAUCUCUGGAGAGACCUGAAAAUAGCUGUGCAGCAACACUCCCCAUCCAACCUGACAGAGCUUGAGAGGAUCUGCAGAGAAGAAUGGGAGAAACUCCCCAAAUACAGGUGUGGCAAGCUUGUAGCAUCAUACCCAAGAAGACUCAAGGUUGUAAUCGCUGCCAAAGGUGCUUCAACAAAGUACUGAGUAAAGGGUCUGAAUACUUAUGUAUAAAAACCUGUUUUGGAUUUGUCAUUAUGGGGUAUUGUGUGUAGAUUGAACAGGGGGUAAAAACGAUUUAAUCCAUUUUAAAAUAAGGCUGUAACGUAACAAAAUGUGGAAAAAGUCAAGGGGUCUGAAUACUUUCUGAAUGCACUGUACACGCACAUGCAUGCACACCCAUACUCUUAUGAAUGAUUAUCCUUAAUAAUUAGGACUUUGCUCUAUUCGGAAAUGAUUAAACCGGCCCAGUCAAUCACAAAAUGAAUUUGACAAAUCAUUGUACAAUCUUCAGCCAAUUGUAAAGGCUGUUUACUGACAUUCCAAUGGUUCAUAAGAGGGUGUAAAAGUGUAAUGAUUGUGUUUUAAAGGAGGAAAAUGCCUCAAUCAUCAUUUUACAGUAGUAUUUUAGCUUGCUUUGUUAAAAUUCCAUCAGCGGAUUUGAACCUUUCAGUUGUAUAUGUAUUCACUGGUGAUUGUGAGUGUUUUCUCCUUGUUUGAGAGGACUGUCGGCAGUUGCUCUGUGAGACAGAGGCCUCUCCGUGCUGCUUGAUAUUCUGCUCACAGUCUCCCAGCGCUCCUCUAAGGAAGCCCAGACACACAAUGCCUCACUUCAGCUCAGCAGUCUCAGCCUAGUGAAAAGAGGAGACCGCAAAAAUCAGUGUAACUUAAGUGCUGUCAACAGAAAUCAUUGGGUUGAAUCAGUCAUAACAUUUCAAUUUUAGUCAUUUUGCAGACGCUCUUAUCCAGAGCGACUUACAGGAGCAAUUAGGGUUACGUGCCUUGCUCAAGGGCACAUCGGCAGGUUUUUCACCUAGUCGCCGCGGGAUUCGAACCAGCAACCUUUCGGUUACUGGCUCAAUGUUCUUAACCACUAGGCUACCCAACCCUAGUGAUUUGUUUAUGCUCCAGGACAUAAUGUUCAGCAUAUAAUUAAAAACUAAUCUGUUCAAAGUGCAAAACCAUGUGAUUGUCAAUAACUCAGUUUUAAACCGAAAAAGAGGCCUUGAAGAAGUCUUGUUGUGUAUUCUCAUAGUAAUAAUGGCUCUGUUUCAUUAUGUUACCACCACACCGUAGUAAUGUACAUUGAGAUGUCACUACAAUGGCCCAGGGAAGUAAACACUACAGUAUGUACACUAGAAUAAACACUAUAGUGGGGGAAAACAAACGCUAUCAGUGUCUGUAGUUCAGUCCUGUCAGGUAUAGGGAGCAGGUGUUGCUGUGGCUAUCCAGACAGGUAGGCAGGGACAUCUCAGGUUGGUCUGCUGCUCGAAAAGCUAUGGGAGGAAUGUCAUGUCAGCUUAUUGCCCACAAACAGAACAGAACAGUACAAAGGUGAGAAGGGGACUUCCGUGAUCAUAUAGUCAACCACCUCAUGAUUACCAUCCUCUGUGCAUUAUUGAGAACAAACAGGGGCCAUCCUAGUCAUGUGUCAUUAUGCCACUCUAAUGUGAGGACUAUGUUGGUGUGCUGUCCGCUAGGCCUGGGAGGCAGUGAGACCCUGCAGGUGCUGCAGCUAUCCCACAACAGGAUCUCUGGCCUGCGACCUGGAGAUCUGAGCAGGUGCCCCCAUCUGAGAGAGCUCCACCUGCAGCACAACCACAUCUCCAACCUCCACCCACUUGCCCUCAGGGACCUCCCGGAGCUCAGGGUAACUACACAUCAUUAAUAGUAUCUACUGCAUCACAACACACAACAUGUUAUCCGGUAACCACCUGACCCAAACCUCACCUGAGCUCAGUACUAUGACAGAUUUUUGACAUUCCUAUAAUGUUCAUAAUGACAUCCUUCAAGGUCUUGGAUCUGAGCUUCAACCUGUUGACCACAAUCCCCCCAUCCGCCUACCUGUUGCUGCGUAACCUGAAUGCCCUGGUGGAGGUGAGUGGUAACAGGUGGAGGUGUGACUGCAGCCUGCGGAGCGUGAGGAGGUGGAUGGCCUACGACAGGCAAAGUGCCAAACAGCAGACCUGGAGGGGGGUGGUGUGUUCCUCCCCCUCCACCCAUGCAGGUAGAGACCUGCUACACCUGGAGGACAGUGACCUCACCUGCUCUACAGCUGAGAACAGGGAGGGGCUCCACCAGGAUGUGACAGUGACUGAGGGGACAGAGAUCCUGCUGCACUGCUGCCCUCUACAGCAAGGUAACACAGCCAGACAGGAAGCUGCUGCCUUUCACUUGUUGCAUUACACCAAUAUGAAUUUGUUUGUAACAACUUACAUUUCAGAUCAAUAGUAUAAAUGUGAUGUGAAUAAAGUAGUAGCCUUAAUGAUAAAAAACUGUAAUCAUGCUUGGCUUUAUAACAGUAAUACACUGUUGAUGUAUUUGUUCUAGAUUCAACAUGGUGGACGACUAAUGGACAAGUUUCUGGAAGUCAGAUGGGCCUGCUGAUCAGUGACAUCACAGAGGAAGACGCAGGGCUGUACGUGUGCAUCUCUGGGCCAGAAGAGGAGUAUAUAUCUGUAUUUAACAUCCAUGUCCGUAAGACACAGAGGAAAAGCAGAGGCACCAGGAGUUUACACUGGGAGAGGAAGCUGAUAAACCCAGAGGUAGGCAGCCUCCAGGGGGAGGGUCAGGGGACAGACCUGAACUCUCUAGAUGUCCACAGGGCUACUCAGAGAACACAGUCUGACCUGGUCCUGGCUGUCUGCCUGUCUGUAUUUAUCACCUUCCUGUUAGCAUUUAUACUUGGUGCUCUGGCCAGACCUCUCCUGGACCCUCUCUGGAGAAGGUGCUGUAACCGUACCAAGCAGAGCUCCUCCCCAGCCCAGUCGGUCUCCUCUGCUGGGCAGUGCCCCUACGACAAUGAGGCCUAUUCAGAUGAGGAGGCUCGGGAGGAACUAGGGACACACAGGGAGAGUAGAGUGACAUUCAGCGGCCAUCCUUCAGAAAUAAGGGUUCAGAAUAACAUUCCAUACUAUGAUACUGUGGUCAAUGGCAGACAGGACAACCUUGCUGGGGAAUAUGAUGCAACAUAUGAGAAUGUUCAGGUGAGGGAUACCUCACACCCCUCCCUUGAGGUCCAUCACCCGCCUGAGGAGGAGAAGCCCAGAGCACGGGACUCUGUCAGUUCAGGCAGCUCCCAGCAGGACAGCCCAGAGACAGACACCCAUAGUGGAGACCUUUCUGAUGUCUCUCUGAGUGAACCACAAGUGGGUGCUCACCCAGUCCAUACCCACCAUGGCAUGGAGUUUGAACCCAUCCCUGACCCAGAUCAGUUGCAGGGAUAUCGAAGCUUGUCCGUGUCUUCACACUCUGACCAGGAGAGGCUGGAUAGGGAUCAGGAUAUGGACUGGCCCAAAGACAAUUUGGCUCAGAGAUUGGAGGAGCGCAAGACCCAGAAUAAUCCCUGGGAGCCUCAAUCACCCCAGAAGGAAGACGACUCCUUUGAGCAGAGUUCAGAUUUCUCUAUGGUUAAACAAGUUGAUGUACCACAUAUCAAGAUCGGCAGCGUGGGUGAGAUCCCUGGAUUUACAGCUGAGCCCUUUACUGAUUGGAAACCAAACAAGGCAGAUCAAAACCCCAUGGAGCCUGAGCUGUGGAAUGACACUGGAGAGAGCUUUGAGUUCCCUGAUUCCAUCCGAGGUGCAUCGGCAUGGUCCAGCAGUCAAGAUCUCUCGAGUUCUGCUUUUGACGAUGAAUUGAGAAAGGAGUAUGAACAAGCUCGGAAUGAAGAACCGCUGGUGAAAGACCAGAGGGAGAAUGAUAGGUUCAGCUCCAGCAGCUCAAGUUACAGUGGGAAUGAACCUACAGCAUUCACUGUGAACCCAGAGACGGAGGUAGUGAAGGAGAAGAUGAUUGUCCAGAAUGUGGGUGAACUGAGACAGGAAGUUCAAAGCACUCCUGUGUUUUCAGAGCACUCUGAUUGGUCCAGUGAUUGUGGGGAUGAACCCACAAAGUACACAGUGAACGAGGAGCGCGAUGAGGAAGAUGAGGAUAAAGCUCAAGUUCCAGAUGUCACGUACAGGGAUCCAUCUCUCAGUCUUGGAGAUAUUGUCUCUUUGGUGCCAAGGAAAGCUCUCAAUAUCGGCUUCUCCAAGGAAGGUUUUAAAUAUCAACCAGAGCCUGAGACAAGGUCGACUGGCUUGGAUCUAAUCACCCAUAGUGCCAUCAGCUUAAAGGAGUCCCUUCCCCAACCAUCAUUUCCCUCAGAUGGGGCAAGGGUUGGAGACCCCCCAGUUCCAGUCUAUAUCCCCAGACUCAGUAAGCGUCUGGAUAUUCAGGAAGCUCCACCUGCUGCCCCAGGUUCACACUCACCUGCUGGUUCAUCCUCUUCUAGCAGUGAGAGUAAGGAUGAGACUACAAUUAAUCAAAAAAGAGAAGAGGAGAAUGCGAAGGUCCCAGAUUCAUCUUUCAGUCUUGCAGGCAUUGAUGUCUCUUUUGCCCAAAGGAGAGCUCUCAGUAUCGGCUUCGCCAAGGACAGCUCUUAUCACCCACAUCCAGAGCCUGAGUCAAGGUGGUCUGGCCUGGGUCUCACCUCCCAAACUGCCAUCAGCACAAAAGAUGAAGGCUUUAAGAAAUACACCAAGCCCCUUCCCCAACUGUCUUUGCCAAAAACAUCACUCCCUUUCUCCACCUCUUCAGACGGGAAGAUGGCUGAGGAGUCUCCAACUCAACUCUUCUAUGUCCCCCCACUUGGGAGACGUCUGGAUAUCCAGCCCCCUCAGGAAGCUCCACCUGCUACCCCAAGAACACCCCCACCCUCUGGUUCAUCCUCUUCUAGCACCGGGAGCGAGGAUGAGACUACAAUGAACCGAAAAAGAGAAGAGGAGAAAGCUAAGAUCCCUGAUGUCACACAUAGGGAUUACUCUCUCAAUUCUGGAGACACACAAAUUAAAGUACCUUUCUCUCCAAGGAAAGAUCUCAAUAUCAGCUUCUCUAACAAGAGUUCUCAGUAUCAACAUGAGUCUGAGGCAAGGUACGAGAGUGUAACCAGAACAAAGGGUGGAGACUUUGAUGAAGACACCAAGCUUCGUCCCCAAAUGUCUUUGCCCAAAACAUCACUCCUUUCCACCACCACCUCAGACAGGGUGAGAGCUGAGGAGACACCAGUUCAAAUCUACAUCCCUGGACUCAGGAUGCGUCAGAAUAUUCAGCCCCCUCAGGAAGCUCCACCUGCCGAAUCAUCCUCUUCCAGCUGUGAGACUGGAGAUGAGACUCCAAAACACACAAUGAAACCAGCUAAAGACAUUACAGAUUAUUUUUCCCCAAGGAGAGCACUCAAUAUCAGCUUUAACAACUCAGCCAGUACCACAGAUGAGGUGGAGAGGAAGACCGGAGCAGAGGACAGGUGGGAUCAGCCAGGGCUUGGUGGGCUGAAGGCGCUGUCAGAGAGAACACGAAGGGACACAGAGGACAGUUCUACAGACAUUAAUGUUUCUUCCUCCCAAAUAAGAGCGCUCAAUAUCAACUUUGAUGCCUCAGACAGCAGCACAGACGAGGUGGGGAGGAGGGCCGGAGCAGACUACAGUAACCCUACUGAAGAAAUCAGUCCCUCUCCCCAACUGUCAUUGUACAAAACAUCACACUUUUUCUCCACCCCCACAGAUGAGGCGAGGCCUAGAAGAGAGUAUUCACUCCAAAUUCCCCUACACAGGAAGCGCUUAGUUGUAGACAUCCAGCCCCCCCCAGCUCUACCUGAUGCCCCAGCAACACCACCACCACCAUCCCCAGAGGGAGAGGAGGCUGCAGGGUAUGGAUGGAGGAGCAGGGGACAACAGAUGAGAGCCAUGGAUGGAUUUGGCUGUAACUCCAUGACACAGGGAGAGAGGAGCUAUACGGGGUUAGUGGCUGCUAAACCAUUCGGAUUAUCUCGUCCGUAUCAGAGCGUUACCUCAGAGACCAUUAUGACCACCCGGUGUAGUGAGGUCUCUACCUCUGGUGACCUCAACAUGACCUACUCUAACUCCACCCUCCAUUUUGAGACACACAAGGAGGGCAGUGAAGCUUGA